CCCCCGCUCUUCUCUCUCCUCCCUCUCUUUCUCUCUCUCUAAAUCCUCUUUUCCAAUCCAUUUCCGGUGACACACAUUGUUUUUCCGGUGACCUCCCGAUGGAUUCGAAUAGUGAGAAUGGCGGAUCAUUGACACCUGCGAAAGAUCCAAAAUCAAAUCGAUUAAAGAUUUCAGAGAAUUCAAAUCCUAAUAUUACAAGCCCUGGGUUGAAACUUUGCAAAUCACCGGCAAUCAAAUCUGCAACAAAAUCCCAGAAAUCAACCUUGAAAAACCCUAAUCCGAAGAUUGCCUCACCUUCACAACGGAACCAGAUUCGCGAAAGGCGGUUCGUGGUGGCGAAAAAGAACUUGAAGAAAGAGAAUAUAAACCCUUCAGCAGUCGUAUGUAAGUGUAAAGACAGGGUUGGUGGCAAGUCACAGAAGUGCCUCUGUGUUGCUUAUGAGAAUCUUAGGGCUUCUCAAGAAGACUUCUUCAAGAAUCGGGGUGGCACCGAUGAUCGAUUUGAAUCAGAACACUUGAAGAACUCUGAAAGAGCUGAAACCCUAGUUGAACUAGAAGAAGAGAAACCUGUGAUUCAAAACCCUAAAAUUGCAAAUGGUUGUGAAGGGGAAUCAAAGGAAGUUGGUUGUUCUGCGACGAAUGGGUUGGAUGACUGUGACCCAGAUGAGACCGAGCAAUCAGGGGAAACGGGUAAUUCGACUAUCAAGAGAAGGAGAGACAAGUUGUUGGAAGAAGCGAGAGAGAAUGUGCCUGAACCAGGGUCUGGAAGAGUGAUGCAUUUGGUUAAGGCCUUUGAGAAGCUUCUUACAAUUCCAAUCUCGAAGGACUCUGAUCAGAAAGAUGAGAAGCAAUUAGAGGAUCGUAAGAAGGCAAUGGAAUGGGCAUUGCCAGGAUUGCAGCCUAGGGUUCCUGAAACACAGGUUUCCUCAUCUUCAUUCUGUCCAUCGGAUUUUUUCCUCACGUCGGAGAGUUUAGGUUUAUCAGCGUCUUUAGAUAGCAGCCAAGCAAGCUUUAAUACUUCAAAUAGGACCUCUGCUGGUGGUAGGAGGAGCCGACGAAAUAGUUCUGAAUCAUCUGGUACCUUUGCCGGAAGGCGUUGGAAGAGGAGACAGCUCAAAGCUACCUGCCAACAACCUUUCAAGCUAAGAACAGAGCAAAGGGGAAGAAACAAGGAGGAAGAAUUCAUUAAGAAAGUAGAGCAGAUGCUGAUGGAGGAGGAGAAGCAACGGAUACCAAUCGCACAAGGACUCCCCUGGACAACAGAUGAGCCAGAGUGCUUGGUGAAACCUCCUAUUAAAGAACAUACAAGGCCGAUUGAUUUGAAGCUGCACAGUGAUCUGAGGGCUGUGGAGCGUGCUGAGUUUGACCAUCAGGUGGCGGAGAAAAUGAGCCUUAUCGAACAAUAUAGGUUGGAAAUGGAACGACAGCAGAAGUUGGCAGAAGAAGAAGAAAUAAGGAGGCUGAGAAAGGAGCUUAUUCCAAGAGCACAACCCAUGCCUUAUUUUGACAGGCCGUUCAUUCCUAGAAGGUCACAAAAAAAUCCUACCAUGCCCAGGGAGCCAAAGUUCCAUGUACCUCAACACAAGAAGAUCAAAUGCUGCAUGUCUUGGAAUGACAUGUAUGCACAGUAUCAGUGAAAGACAUCCCACCACAUAUAUACCUCACAUCAUAAGAAGAUCAAGUGUUGCAUGUCUUGGAAUGAAAUGUAUAUGCACACACCAUCAGUGAAAGGCAAUGAAGGAAGACAAGAAGAAAAUUUAGAAACAUUGAUUUUAUAUUUGAGUUACCAAAUAAUGAAAAACCUUUUUUCCCAAUAUCCUUUUCUCAUUUGUACAAAGCAAUCCAUUUAGUUGCAAUUUUGGUGGAACAGAUGAUGAUGAUAUCAUUGCAGCACAAGCGUGUAUUUACACUAGUGCUAUUCUAAUGAAGGUCCUAUAUUCAUUAGUUUCUCAUUAUUGUGCUUACCUCUUUUAUGUGGAGUUCUGUUUUUCUGUUAUGUACUCGUUGUUUUUGUUCCUUCUAGUUAGAGAGCAGAAUUUUAAUUUCUUGAAUUCAAAUCUUAUGCUGUAUGUGUGUGUAAUGGAACAGAUCCGUAUCACCAAGGGCUAUGGUACAUCCUUAAGGUUGAGGGUUCGGGUUCCUACGGGACACUUGUGAACUUAU